GCGGAGCCUUUCGCGUCCUGGUCCUCCGCCUCCGGCUCCGCUCCGUCCUGCGUGGGACGCGCACCUGGCUACGCCUCCGGCGCGCGGCGCUCGUUGAUGCCGUUCCGGGGUGACCCGGCUAGGAGAUGCUGGAGCUGCGGCACCGCGGGGGCGGCCCAGGUCCAGGGCCUGGGGUGUCACCGCCCCGCGAAGGGGACGCCGCAGGCGGCGAUCACGAAACCGAGAGCACCAGCGACAAAGAAACAGAUAUUGAUGACAGAUAUGGAGAUUUGGAUUCCAGAGCAGACUCUGAUGUUCCCGAAAUCGCACCAUCUGCAGACAGGACCCCUGAGAUCCUGCAGAAAGCUCUGUCGGGCUUAUCCUCAAGGUGGAAAAACUGGUGGAUCCGGGGCAUCCUCACCCUGACAAUGAUUUCCCUGUUCUUCCUGACCAUCUACAUGGGGUCCUUCAUGCUGAUGCUGUUGGUUCUGGGGAUCCAAGUGAAGUGCUUCCAUGAGAUCAUCACCAUCGGGUACAGAGUCUACCAUUCUUACGAGCUUCCCUGGUUCAGAACACUCAGCUGGUACUUUCUGCUCUGUGUGAACUACUUUUUCUAUGGAGAGACGGUUGCUGAUUAUUUUGCCACGUAUGUUCAGAGAGAAGAGCAACUUCAGUUCCUCAUUCGCUAUCAUAGAUUUAUAUCAUUUGCGCUCUACCUGGCAGGUUUCUGCAUGUUUGUACUGAGCUUGGUGAAGAAACAUUACCGUCUGCAGUUUUAUAUGUUCGCUUGGACUCAUGUCACCUUACUGAUAACCGUCACCCAGUCACACCUGGUCAUCCAAAAUCUGUUUGAAGGCAUGAUAUGGUUCCUUGUUCCAAUAUCAAGUGUUAUCUGCAAUGACAUUACCGCUUACCUUUUUGGAUUUUUUUUUGGAAGAACUCCAUUAAUUAAGUUGUCUCCUAAGAAGACUUGGGAAGGAUUCAUUGGCGGUUUCUUUUCUACGGUCGUGUUUGGCUUCAUUGCUGCCUACCUGCUGUCCCAGUACCAGUACUUUGUCUGCCCUGUUGAGUACCGCAGUGAUGUCAACUCCUUUGUCACCGAGUGUGAGCCCACCGACCUCUUCCAGCUGCACAGCUACUCUCUGCCCCCGUUCCUGCAGGCCGUGCUGAGAUGGGAGACAGUGAGUUUGUAUCCUUUUCAGAUACACAGCAUCGCUCUUUCAACCUUCGCUUCUUUGAUUGGUCCAUUCGGAGGCUUCUUUGCCAGUGGAUUCAAAAGAGCUUUCAAAAUCAAGGACUUUGCAAACACCAUCCCAGGGCAUGGAGGGAUCAUGGACAGAUUCGACUGUCAGUACCUGAUGGCGACCUUUGUGCACGUAUACAUCACAAGUUUCAUAAGGGGCCCGAAUCCCAGCAAGGUCCUGCAGCAGCUGCUGGUGUUGCAGCCAGAGCAGCAGCUGAACAUCUACAGAACCCUGAAGAUGCACCUCCUGGAGAAGGGCCUCCUGCAGCCUGCCUUGAAGGCAUGACCAGCUGGGGAGGACACUGGAGAUGCCACACGACAAGAUCCUGUUGCUCUACAGAAAAAGGGUUGAAAAUGCAAUAGAUUGAAGUUUUACAGACAUAAAUGUUUCUCCUCUGAAAUUACUGUGAAUAUUUAACAAACACUUGAUCUGAGUCCUGAAAUAAGUAGCAAAUUGCCAGCAAAAUAUCCUGUCCUUUUUCUAGGAUGUGUUUCCUGACAUAACUUCCUUCACCUGACUUGCUGGGUUUCAUAAUUUGAAAGACUUGUAUUUAAAGAGUCAAACACUAUAAAAUGAGUAACUUGGGGGUGUCUUCAGAUCGUACCUGGCAGUGGGAUCUUUUGCACAAAUAUUUACUUUUGCCCUUGGAGCUGCUGUUUAAUUUUAGCAGAAUGUUUUAUGCAAGGCACAAUAGGAAGUCGGUUCUCCUUUGCUUCCUCCUCUUCUAGUCAGAGGAAUGUUCUGAAGAACUGAGUAGGGUGGGGAAGGAAGCUUGCUCUGCUGACACUGCCACCCUUUUUUUUCUCUUCCCCUCCCUCCUCCUGCUCCCUCACCCUUUUCUUCCUCUUGUCUGUCUGUC